AUGGACAGACCAACCACCUCCAAAAGUGCAGUGUGGCAGUACUUCAGCCAACCAACACCAGGGAAGGCAGUUUGCGACAAAUGCACUGAUGUUGUCAGCGUGGGAGCAGCAACAGGAAAAAACAAAAAUACGUCAAAUCUGUGGUCCCAUCUCAGGAUUCGUCACCCUGAUUUACACAACAUGGCACAGAAGAAAAUGAGGGAAAAUGAGGAUGCGGCCAAUAAAACCCAGCCAACAAUAGUGGACAUAUUUCAAAAACAAAGAAAGUGGACAAAUUCAGAUGACAGGUCAAAACUAAUGGACAAACUAAUCAUAGAGAUGAUAGUCACUGACAACCAGCCGUUCACAAUGGUGUCUGAUGUUGGCUUUAAACACCUCAUGGCUGCAGCAGAACCACGAUAUGCACUAAAAAGUGAGAAGUAUUACAGAACUGAGAAGCUUCAAGAAGUGUACCACAAGAUUGUGGACCAGAUCAAAGCCCUGAUUCAACCAGAGAAUGCUGGCUACUUUCUCUCCUUCACCACAGACUGCUGGUCUGGUGUGACAGAGUCUCUCAUGAGUUUGACAUGCCAUUUCAUUGAUGCUGAAUGGACAAGAAAGCAGGUCAUGUUAAACACAAAAGCCAUGCAUGGAUCCCACACUGGGGAAUACCUGAAAGAGACAUUCCUCAAUAUGCUUGAUGACUGGAAGAUAAGUAAAGACCGUGUCGCGCUUGUGCUUCGUGACAGUGGUGCAAAUAUUGUGAAGGGAAUGAAGCUUGCUGAACUCCCAGACCUCAGUUGCACGGCCCACACCUUGCAGCUUGUGGUAAACGACGGUCUGGCGAGUCAGAGAGCCAUCAUAGAUGUCAUUGCAAUACUUAAAAAAUGUGCCACACACUUCCACCACUCCAUUCUGGCCAAACAACGCUUGCGAGACAUCCAGAGGGAACUUGGCUUGCCAGAGCACAACAUAAUCCAGGCUGUUCCGACGAGGUGGAACUCUACGCUCCACAUGCUGCAAAGAAUGUUUGAACAAAAGCGUGCACUUACCAUCUACUGUGGUGAAGAUGGAGCUUUUGCAGGCCUCACUGCUCACCAGUGGGACCUUGUUAAUAAUUUGAUUGAAACUCUUCUCCCAAUAGAGGAAGUGACACUUAAGGUGAGCCACAGCAACUCAUCAGCAUCCUGCAUCAUUCCAUGCCUGACUGUGUUAAAGAUGUGUCUUCAAGAUGAUGAUGGGCCCUCCACAAAAGGCAUCAAAACGAUCAGGCAAGCCAUGAGGGAGAGCCUUAACAAGCGUUUCUCAAAAGCAGAAGACACAAAAACUGUGGUGCUGGCCUGUCUCUUAGAUCCUCGUUAUAAGAAUCAUGCAUUCUCCUCUACCACAACAUUGAGCAAGGCCAAAGGAUGGUUGAAAGAGGAGGAGGAGGACACUGACACACAACAAACCACUGUCAGACAAGAGGAGCAGCGGAGAGAACACACAUACUUCCGCAGCCGUGUUAAUGAGAUGUUCAAUUCUCUGCUGGCACCUCACACUGAUGACCUACUGGCCAGUAGCUGCAUUGAGGAUGAGCUACAUCUCAAGGAGCCAAUCAUCGACAGGCGUGAAGGGGACCCACUCCAGUGGUGGAGACAAAAUGAGGGACGCUUCAAGUUACUUGCAAAACAAGCAAGGAAGUUUCUUUGUGCACCCCCCUCAUCAGUCCCAAGUGAGCGUGUCUUCAGUGAAGUGGCUACAAUUUAUGAGCGCAAAAGGAGUCGUCUCACUGGAGAGCACGCCAAGCAACUUUGCUUUUUGCACCAUAAUCUGGUGCUGCUCAAUUGGGACUACUAA